UUGGAGAGGUUAUUCCCCCAAAUCUUCUCUGACAGUUGGGAAUGCCCGGGGCCACCGGGAUGGCGCGCUCUCACCGUUUCGGGCAGCCGAGAGUUGCCUGUCGGUGGCCCGGGUACAGUCGGUGUCCGGAAAACACCUAAAGGCAGGUUUGGCCUUUGGGUGUCCCCCGGCCCAGGUGAGGGCCCCCAGGCUGUAGGGCGAGGGGGGCGCCGCGCUGAGCUCCCUGCACGGAUUUUCCGCAUGAAGUUGCCCGCGCGUCACAGGAGCGAAAUGUCAGAGGUACCGUCCCCAGGCUCGCGCGCGCGCGCAGGGCGGCCCCGCAGACAGCGCCAGGGAAAGCGGGGUUCCCGGCCUCCCCCCGCCUGACACACGCACCCGGGGCGGCCGACGGGGAGGCAGGCAUGUCCCCGCCGAGAGCAGCUCGUCCACCUUGACCGUCAGGGCUGUCAGCUGGUCCCGCUCAACUUCCAAGGUUCCCAGGGCUGCCAACCACGGGAAAGCGCCCGGGUAGCUGAGCGGCGCUGUAGCCAGGGAGGAUGGUUUUGCAGAGGAAAUGGGUUAUUUCCUUCUGCUUCUUUUUUUUUCUUGUUUAAACCAGACCGCCACACUCUACCACAGACAGAUGAUAGAAGUUUGUUAGGUGGCAUGUAACAUGUCACCAAACACGGGGGGCGUCAGUCUUAGAGAAAAGCUCCCCGGAGCCAACCGGGGAAGAGCAAGCAAUGACACCUUGUCAUCCUGGAAGCUGGUUUUGUUUGCAGUUAUAGACACACCGUGCCAGCUCUUUCUCAAAGGAGACGGUUUCUACCUUGGGAAUGGGAUUUCUCGAUUAAGAAUGACCCAAAAGAAAUCACAGCUUUGUUCCAGAGCCAAUGUUUAUACUCAAGUGCCUGAUGGAGGAUGGGGCUGGGUGGUAGCUGUUUCUUUUUUCUUCGUUGAAGUCUUCACCUAUGGCAUCAUCAAGUCAUUUGGUGUCUUCUUCAAUGACUUAAUGGACAGUUUUGAUGAAUCCAAUAGCAGGAUCUCAUGGAUAAUAUCCAUUUGUGUGUUUGUCUUAACAUUUACAGCUCCUGUGUCCACCGUCCUGAGCAUUGGGUUUGGACACCGUCUGGUGGUGAUGGUCGGGGGGCUGCUGGUCAGCGUGGGCAUGGUGAUCGCCUCCUUCUCACAGAAGGUCUACCACAUGUACAUUGCCAUCGGCAUCAUCUCUGGUCUGGGAUACUGCUUUAGCUUUCUCCCAACUGUCACCAUUCUGUCACAGUACUUUGACAGAAGACGCUCUGUGGUCACGGCUGUUGCUUCUACAGGAGAAUGUUUCGCUAUGUUUGCUUUUGCACCAGCCAUCACGGCCCUGAAGGAGACCAUCGGCUGGAGGUACAGCCUCCUCUUCGUGGGUCUCCUGCAGCUCAACCUCGUGGUCUGCGGGGCGCUGCUCAGACCUAUCAUCAUCAGAGGACCCGGGACCCCCAAAACCACCGCCCACGAAAGUCGGAAAGAAGUGCAAUACAUGCUUGAGAACGAGAAAACCCGCACCUCGAUAGAUUCCAUUGACUCAGGAGUAGAACUAACUACCUCACCUAAAAACGUGCCUGGUCACACGACAGUAGAGCUCGAGCCCAAGGCCGACCUGCAGCAGAUCCUGGGCCAGCCCGGCUCCAAGCCCGGCUGCCAGAAGGCCCCGCUGCUGGACUUCUCCGUUUUGAAAGAGAAAAGUUUUAUCUGCUACGCGUUUUUUGGUCUCUUCGUCACCCUGGGGUUCUUCGCCCCGUCCUUGUACAUCAUUCCCUUGGGCCUCAGUCUGGGCCUGGACCGGGACCGCGCUGCUUUCUUAUUAUCAGCGAUGGCGAUCGCAGAAGUGUUCGGGAGGAUCGGGGCUGGGCUGGUCCUGAACAGAGAGCCCAUCCGCAAGAUCUACAUCGAGCUCAUCUGUGUCGUCUUACUGACCGUGUCCCUGUUUGCCUUUACUUUUGCCACUGAAUUCUGGGGUCUCAUGUCCUGUAGUGUAUUUUCCGGGAUUAUGGUUGGGACGGUGGCGGGGACCCACAUCCCGCUGCUCGCUGAGGACGACGUCGUGGGAAUCGAGAAGAUGUCUUCAGCGGCUGGCGUCUAUGUCUUCUUCCAGAGCAUCGCAGGACUGGCUGGACCGCCACUUGCAGGGCUUCUGGUGGACCAGAGCAAGAUCUACAGCAGAGCCUUCUACUCCUGCGCGGCUGGGAUGCUUGUGGCCGCUGUGUGCCUCGCCCUCGUGAGACCCUGUAAAAGGGGGCUGUGCCGCCGUCCCCAAGCCGGGGAAGGGAAGGCCGAGAGUCACCGUGGGAAAGCUUUACAAGACAUCCCAGAAGACUUUCUUGAAAUGGACCUGGGGAAGACUGAGCACAGAGCUCCUAUGAAAACGGAGCCCGUGUGACACGCUUGUCAUUCACACCAGCCUCCCUGGGGGCUGGAGAGGGUGGGGGACAGGGGACCCAGGGCAGCAGAGAUGUGGACCACCCACCCACUUUCCAGACUACACUCUAAAGGGAAUGUAUGCGUGAACACCACUACCAACAUCCUUUUUUUUCUUGUAAGUUUUCCUUUUCGCUUGUUUUUUAAGCCAAAACAAAAACCACCGAACACCCUUUCCGUACAUCACCCUGGCUGUAUUCAGUAGCAAUACGAAGAUACACAGGACUCUCGGGUUCGCAUUCCGGUUUUAAAAGAGUGACAUGAAUUGGCAAAGUGGUUUUAAGAGCUCUCACAUGUGAUAAACUACUAUCUUGGAAAAGGACAUCUGGCCGAGGCCACUGCAAUGAAAUUGGCCAUUACAAAAAAAAAAAAAAAAAAACUUACAUCAUUUAAAACAUUUCUCAUUUUCAGAAAUAUGAACAAAUUGUUUAAAACCCUUUGAAAAAUACUGAGGUCUCCAUUAACAAAUUAGGGCCUCUGAAUUUUCCACAUAGUUCAUGGAAAUGAAGUACAGUUUGAGACCAAACAUUUGGCUAGUAAACGGAAAUUUUUAAAAUAUAUGUAACUUGAACUUCAUAAAUGUGAAGAUGACCACUUUUUUAUGGCCAGUCACUACCAGAAGCAUUUCGAUACAGAACACACAGCACAGCAUUCAAAAAUGUGUUUCCUAUUGCUUUUAAUUAUUCAGAAAUAUGUGAUUGUAGUGUCUUUAAUUUAAACCGCUAUUUAUUAUUAAGUUAUUCUAGAAUGAAUAAAGAAAUCAAAAGAAAGAAAAUCUGAGACAUAAGCAGAAUUUCUGCCCCCUUUCUGCAAUCCUUUACAUGCCUCAAAGAAUACUUCUUAACUUGUAAAGUGACUCUCGUAAAAGGCCAAGUUUAAGGAUUCUUCAGUUUGAUUAACGACAACGUGCGUCAUUUCAAGGGGGGGACGACGAUGAGUAGCAAAUCGCCUUAGCUUUUUUAAAUGAUUUGUUUUAUCACCUAAGAAUACUUGAGGAUCUUCUUUGAUCAGAAUUAUAUUUCAUUGAAUUGUUGAAGCAUUUCUGAUUUUUUUUUUUAAUCUCACCGUUGAAGCAUUUCUGUAUUUCACGUGGGACAGCAGAGACAUUUAUUUUACCAUCAUGAGUUAUAUCAUAUAAACCCUGAUUGCUCUACGUUACCAGAGUUAUCGGGUUAACUGGUCACUGGGUUUUUUUUGGAGUUACAUUACAUGUAUAGUAUUUCUCAUGUGCACAUUUUUCUGUAAAAGGGCAAGUAUGAGGGUAACAGGUUGGCUACGUACUCAUAAUGUCCUGAAUCUCACUCUACAGGUGAUGGUCAGUACCGCUGCUCCAUCUUUAUUCAUUUACUGUUAAUUUAUGACAACUCAGGGGGAAAAAAAAUAUAACAAGCCUAGUUUGGUUACAGGUACACACAAGCUUGAAUAUUUCUCUGCACUGAAAUGAAAGUGGCAUAGUUCAUCACCACCUGCUACGUUUCUGUACAGUGUUUGAUCAGCCAUAGAAAUAGGACAAUCUGUAAAACUUUGGGGAGGGGCUGGGGAGGAAAUGACAACGUGUCUGUCAAAAACAGACGCACCUAGAACAAGCUGGAUGUAGCAAAUCUCUGUCACUACCAGAGAAGGACUUGGAGCUUGUGGCACUUUUGCAGACUUCAUGACUUCAGCACUUUACAGUCUUUUUUACUAUGAAUGUUCAAUACAACUUAAUAUUUAUAUCUGGUUUCAGAGCGAUCUGCUUAAGACGUCCAUUCUGUUAAUUGCAUGGAAAAUAAAAUGUAUGCCGGUUUCAGUAUGUCAGUAAUCAAGGUUUUAAAUAUUUGGCAGAAAAUGAAAACAGGAUUGCUGAUUUGUUCUGUAUUCUGUGACAUUCUGGUACUUCUAGAUUUGCAAUAAAUGUAUGGCUUUUUUAUUUAAAGAAAGUGACUCGGUUUUUUAUUGACUCCUUGGCGUUCAUUG